AUGUCUUCGUUCGAGUCUGUGGUCGUGAUCGAUGGCAAGGGCCACUUGCUUGGCCGCCUGGCCAGCAUCGUCGCCAAGCAGCUCCUUAGUGGCCAGAAGAUUGUCAUCGUUCGCUGCGAGGACCUCAACAUUUCCGGCGAAUUUUUCCGCGCGAAGCUCAAGUACCACGCCUACCUCCGCAAGGCGACCCGGUACAACCCCACUCGCGGUGGUCCCUUCCACUUCCGCGCUCCCUCCCGCAUCUUCUACAAGGCCGUCCGCGGCAUGAUCCCCCACAAGACCGCCCGCGGUGCCGCCGCCCUUGAGCGCCUCAAGGUCUUCGAGGGUGUCCCGCCCCCGUACGACAAGAAGAAGAAGAUGGUUGUUCCCCAGGCCCUCCGUGUCCUGAGACUGCAGCCUGGUCGCAAGUACUGCACCGUCGGUCGUCUCAGCCACGAGGUCGGCUGGAAGUACCAGGACGUUGUUGCGAGGCUCGAGGAGAGGCGCAAGGCCAAGGGCGCCGCCUACUACGAGCGCAAGAAGCUCGCCGCGAGGCAGCUCUCCGAGGCGAAGAAGACCGCGAAGGUCGACACGAAGACGAGCGAGGCCCUCCAGGCCUUUGGCUACUAG